AAGGGAGCGCAUGAUUGAUAGAAAGAGAUGAACAACAUGCAGCGUGAUACCAUUUAGAUAUUUACUUCUCAAUCAUCUCUCAACAACCUUUUGAAGUGACACAUUACAUUGCCUUUCUUCUUCUUGUCUCUUCAGAUCUGAAUCUCCUCUUUCCUCUCUUUCUCUUUCUCUCCAAUGGCGUAGCCCGUAAGCAAACUCUCUAAUCCCCUCCCCACCAGUAACAAUGAACAGUAAUCUCAGAGAGUCUCUUACCGGUGGGAGGAAUACUCGGGCGACUGCGACCUCACAGUUUCGCAGAGGCAAUUCUCAAAACGGCUUCUCUAGAGAUUCCGAUGAGAAUCUGGAUCUUUUCUCUAAGAUCCGUCGCUCUUUCCCCUUGUCUUCCUCCGACCAUUUACCCGACGUGUCUACAAAACUCGGGAGGCUCUCGAUCGGAUCCAAACCAGCUCCUAAAGGCAAAGGUGGUGAUGAUCUCUUGUCAUCAGCUGAAGUAGGCAAAAAUGAUUAUGACUGGCUUCUUACUCCUCCUGGCACACCUCUUGGAAACGAUUCUCAUUCAUCUUUGGCACCUCCUAAGAUUACAUCUUCCGCUAGAGCCAGUUCUGCUUCAAAGACAUCAAGGCUUUCGGUUUCACAGUCAGAGAGUAGUUACCAUCCCUCACGUCCAACUAGAAGUAGCUCACUGACUCGCCCAUCCAUUUCUAACUCAGGCCGUUCGUCAUCUUCCAUCCUGAACACUAGCUCAGCUUCAGUCUCAUCCUACAUCAGACCUUCAUCCCCUAGCUCCCGUUCCUCAUCUUCAGCUAGAACUCCCACUCCCACUCGGACUACUUCCCUAUCACGUGCCUCAACUCCAUCAAGAAUCCGUCCAGUGUCAUCCACUUCAUCUCUGGACAAGGCCAGACCUUCCCUAAGCACAAGACCAUCUACUCCUACUUCAAGAACACAGCAUACAUCGAACUCACCAAACAUAGUUGCUUCUAGACCAAACUCUCGUCCUUCAACCCCUACGCGUCGAAGCCAAUCCACCUCCGCAACAAAUGGUUGUACCGCACCUUCACUGUCUAGGCCAAGCUCUCCUGGACCACCUAGAGUCCGAACCACCACCACCACCACCACACAACAGCCAAUUGUGUUACCGGACUUCUCUCUUGACACACCACCUAAUCUCAGAACAACUCUCCCGGGGAGACCAGUAUCAGCUGGCAGGUCUAGGCCAGCCGCAGCAAAGGCAAGUCCUGAACCCAAAGGUCCCAUCACAAGAAGGAACUCAUCUCAGGUUGUGACGAGAGGAAGACUCAUAGCAGAGACACAAGGAAAAGGCCGUUUGAGUGGUAGUAACGGACAGCAACAUAACGCAGAUGCACCAGAGCCCAGAAGGGUUUCAAACGUUUCAGAUGUAACUUCACGGAGAACUCUGAAGACUUCUUCAACUGUGACGACGGACAAUAAUAACAACGGUCUUGGGAGGUCAUUCUCAAAAAAUUCACUUGAUAUGGCCAUUAAGCACAUGGACAUAAGAAACGGGAAGAGUAACGGUUGCGCACUAUCAAGCACGUCAUUAUUCCCUCAGAGCAUCAGACAAGCCUCGUCCAAGAUCCAGCCAAUCCGUUCAGUGAAUAGCCAAUCGGAUUCUGUCAGCAGCAACAGCGCAGAGAACGGGAAUGAAAGAAACGAGGGAAGAAGACUGAUGGGGAAGUUGAGUGACAGGGACUUGUAUGAGAGCUCAAGGUAUGACGCGUUGUUGCUGAAAGAAGACGUGAAGAACACAAAUUGGUUGCACAGCAUCGACGAUAGGUCGUCCGAACAUGGGCUUAUGUUUGAUAAUGGAGGAUUCGAGCUGCUUCCUGAGCCUUUUGGUCCACUAUAACACACACACACCACAAGUAAACAAUUUCUUUCUAAAGCCACUUCUCUUUUUUUUUUCUACACAAUUUGUUUGCUUGUGGAAAGAGACAGGAUAUAAAGGCUCUAGUGGUUUGUAACUUUGUGGUUCUUGAGUGGGAGGAGACAUCAACUUGUGUCUUCUUUUGGAACUUGUCAUGUAAAGGAUCUUCAUUCUUAAAGGAAAUUAAACAAUUAGAAUGUGAAAGAGGAAAGAAAGGUAUCUCACAUGGCUAACAUGAGUCAAAGACGUAGGAGCUAAGUUAAUAAUGAGUGACAGCAAAGCUCAACCUACAAUGCUAGUAGUUUUUUUCUUCUUCUUCUUUUUCUUUCUAGAAACUGACUUUCAUUGAUGACAUGAAGUAUUAUUUAAGAUAAACUUUCAAUCUUGUUUUCA